CAAAUUCUAGAUCCUUUGCCCCACCAUUCAUUUCUCAAGUAAAGUUAGCUGACUUCUAGGACCCUUUUAGAUCACAAAUUAGAACAAGAAAGCGUAAAGAUUUUUGUUUUGUCCCCUCCUCCUCCUUCUAAUUAAUUAUCCCUCAACUCAAGACCAUCUUUAAAUCCCAAAAUUAUACACACCCUUUUUUUGUUGGGCAAUCAAAUUUUAACUUUUCCAUGAAAGAUUUUAAGCUUCUUUCUUUCUUCUCUAGUUUUUUCUCUUUCUUAAUAGUCUCCCUUGCUGUUGAUACCAUAGCCGUCAACCAGACAAUCAGAGACGGCGAGACUAUAGUUUCUGCUAGCGGUAGAUUUGCUCUGGGAUUCUUCGGCUACAGCGGUUCAAGCAGUCGAUAUGUUGGAAUUUGGUAUCCUUUCUCUAAUAAGACUGUGGUCUGGGUUGCCAACAGAGCAAUGCCACUCAAUGAUUCAUCAGGAGUUCUGCAACUUACCAGCAGGGGAAUUCUUGUUCUCCAUAAUUCAACAAACACUGUCAUAUGGGUCACCAACACAUCAAGAGUGGUGCAGAACCCAGUAGCUCAGCUUUUGGACUCAGGGAAUCUUGUUAUUAGAGAGGCAAAUGACACUAAUGAGGAUAAUUACUUAUGGCAAAGUUUUGAUUACUUAAGUGACACGUUUUUACCAGGCAUCAAGUUUGGGAGGAACUUGGUAACUGGCCAUGAUCGAUAUCUUGUAUCCUGGAAAAGCACCACCGAUCCUUCUGUAGGUGAUUCUACAACUAGGCUUGAUCCCGGUGGGUAUCCCCAAAUAUAUAUCAGGAAAGAUGAGAAUAUAGUGUUUCGUUCGGGACCUUGGAAUGGUCUUAGAUUCAGUGGGAUGCCUAAUUUGAAACCAAACCCAAUUUAUACUUACGAGUUCGUUUACAAUCAGCAGGAGAUAUAUUACAGGUAUGAUCUUAUUGGCAACUCCGUUAUUUCAAUGAUGGUGCUAAAUAAUGAUGGUAUCUUCCAGCGUCUUACAUGGUCGAAUAGCACUCAAACUUGGAACCUGUACUUAACAACACAGAUGGAUAACUGCGACAGAUAUGCGGUUUGCGGUGCAUAUGGAACUUGUAACAUUAACAAUUCGCCGCCAUGUGCUUGCCUGGAUGGAUUUGUACCGAAAGAUGAGCAAGCUUGGGAUUCAGGGUAUUGGUCUAACGGAUGCGUAAGAAAGAAUGGAUCAAUUUGUAGGGCAGGAGAGGGGUUUCAGAAAAUAUCAGGCGUCAAAUUGCCAGAUACGAAAAAUUCCUGGUUUAACAGGACCAUGGACCUUAGAGAAUGUGAGAGUGUGUGCCUGAACAAUUGCUCUUGUACAGCUUAUUCAACUUUGAAUAUCACAGACGGAAGUGGAUGCUUGCUUUGGUUUGAGGAACUCAUUGAUAUCAGACAGUACACUGAAAAUGGGCAAGAUUUUUACAUUAGGCUGUCUGCCUCUGAUUUGGAGUCCAGUCACAGCUCUGGGAAGCAAACACGAAUCUGGAUCAUAGCUGUCUGUAUAUUGGUUGUCGUAGCUUGUUUCCUUGGUCUAUUCCUGCUGUUGCAUAUCAGAAGGAAGAGGUUUCAGAGAAGAGAAAGCAUAGGAAGGAUGCAAGACAGAGACUAUACUGAUGAAAGCAGGGAAAAAGAUUUAGAGCUGCCACUGUUUGACUUCUCCACUGUAGCAAAUGCCACGGACAACUUUUCAGAAUUCAAUAAGCUUGGAGAAGGUGGUUUUGGACCUGUUUACAAGGGUACACUGAAAGAUGGGCAAGAGAUAGCUGUAAAGAGGUUAUCAAAGGAUUCCACACAGGGACUUGAUGAAUUCAAGAAUGAAGUCAUCUUCAUUGCCAAACUUCAGCACCGAAACCUUGUGAAGCUUCUAGGUUGCUGCAUUGAGCUAGAAGAAAAAAUGUUGAUCUAUGAAUACAUGCCCAACAAAAGCUUGGAUGCCUUCAUUUUCGAUCAAAAGCAGCGAAAGUUGUUGGAUUGGCCUAUGAGAUUCCACAUCAUUAAUGGGAUUGCUCGCGGGCUUCUUUAUCUUCAUCAAGAUUCGAGACUGAGAAUCAUCCACAGAGAUCUAAAAGCUAGUAAUAUAUUGCUAGACUAUGAAAUGAAUCCAAAAAUUUCAGAUUUUGGCAUGGCAAGGAGUUUUGGGGGAAAUGAAAUUCAAGGAAACACAAAAAGAGUUGUCGGAACAUAUGGUUACAUGUCUCCAGAGUAUGCAAUUGAUGGUCUAUUUUCAAUAAAAUCAGAUGUAUUUAGUUUUGGUGUAUUAGUGCUAGAGAUAGUCAAUGGGAAGAGAAAUAGAGGAUUCUAUCAUCCAGACCACCAGCACAACCUUCUUGGACAUGCAUGGAGACUGUAUUUAGAAGAGAAGUCAUCGGAGUUGAUCGAUGAAUCUUUAAAGGAUUCUUGCAUUUUAUCUCAAGUGAUGCGUUCAAUCCAUGUUGGUUUAUUAUGUGUACAACAAAGUCCAGAAGAUAGGCCUAACAUGUCAACAGUGAUAUUGAUGUUAAGUAGUGAGAUUGCAUUGCCUCAACCUAAAGAGCCUGGUUUUUUCACUGAAAGGAGAGUUUUUGAGCAAGAAUCAUCCUCUAGCAAGGUUGAUACAUGUUCAGCAAAUGAAAUUACCAUUACAUUGUUAGCUGCAAGAUGAAGAACGUUGUUCCCUAGUUGUUUUCAUACCUUACGUUAUUGAGUAUAUCGACCAUAUUUCUGUAAAUUGGUAGGGCCAGGGGAGCUAGUCAAACAGCCUUUGAUAUGGGUUUUUAAGUGCAAUAGAUAAGUGAUUUUUUUUUUUUUGGAUACAUCGGAAAAUUGAUUAUUGAUGAUGUAUGAAUAUUGAAAAUGAGCAAACUAACACUCUUGUCCAGAAAGAAUUUAAAAUCAGAGCAAGUUUACCUGAACCGAAGGGACGAUUAGUCAGUGGAUAUCAUCUUCUUAGCAACAUCAGCAAAUCAAAUGCAGAGAACUAGAUUGGAUGGUUCUGUGCCCCCCCAGUUGUGCAUUUAAUUUAUAGUGAAGACUAGAACUCUGUAGCUGCUAGGGUUCCGGCUUGGCUUGUGUCUCGUCUUUCCCCUUUUUAUCACUAGGAUUUUAGAUUUUUAUUUUUAAUAGGAUUUUUUUAGGGGAAGGUUAUUUCACAUUUUCAGGACAUGUCGUUUUCUCUCACUUCGCUUCCAUCUGGUCAUGAAUAGAAUUUUAUUUCACAU